GUUCGGCUGAGAGUCGGGCGGACGUGCGUGAUGGCGUGGCCUGAGAGGACGCCGAGGUAACGAAGUGGCCAAUGCUGCGCCUGGCGGCAUGCCUCCUGGGCUUCGCCUCUGGGUCGCAGCUGUCGCCAGUGGCCAAGGCGGUUGAGCUGCUCGAGCAGAUGCGCGUGCGGGGCGACUCGGAGCUGCGGGAGGAGGAGCUGCAGUACGGGCGGCUGCAGCAGUGGUGCCUGGACAAGCAGCGCGGCAAGGCGAAAGAGGUUGACGAAGAUGCAGAGAAGGAGGAGCGGUUGGUCAGCGAGGUGCAGAGCGCCGUCGCCAAAGUCCGAGGGCUGCAGAAGGACGUGGAGGACUUGAACUCCAAGUUGCUAAAGUGGGACCAGGAGAGGUCUUCAGCAGAGGAGCUGAGGAAAGAUGAGGCCUCGGAGGUCCGGGGCUCUGCUCGGCAGCUGGAGACGUCGUUGGGGCAGCUGCGCCGGGCAGAGGAGAAGCUCAGCCGGGUGCAGGAGCCUCAGCUCAUGCAGCUGGAUUUGUCCGAAGACUUGAAGCAAGCGCUCCAGGCGGAUGCUGACGGUGGCGUGCUCGAGAUGCUGCAGACUUUGCGUGGGAAGUUGGAGGGAGAGCUCAAGGAGCUUUCCGUGAAGGAGACGAGCGCAAAUCAGGCCAAUGAGCUGACCCUGAAGAAGCUGGGGAGCCAGAAGGAGGCUGCGGCUGCGCGGCUGCGCGAGAAGACGGCAGCCUUAGGCGCAGGCGAGGAGGAGCAGCGGCGCGCAGAGGCCGACCUGGACGCCUUGCGCCAGGAGGCGAAGGAGGACAGCACGUACCUGGAGGACUUGAAGGUCAUGUGCUCCAUGAAGGCCGAUGCAUUCCAGCGGCGGCAGCAGGGGCGGCAGAAGGAGCUCAGAGCCCUGGGCUCCGCGCUGCAACUGCUGAAGCAGAAGGUGGCGUUUCUUCAGCGCGGCACUUCGCUGGCUCAGCUGCCGUCAGCGCAGGCGGAAAGGGCAGCAGCGCUGCGGCUGCUGCGAUCGACGGGGCUUGUGCAGUUGGGACAGGCGCUCAGGGACCAGCCCCUGGCCAAGGUGAAGACGAUGAUCAAAGAUAUGCUUUCACGGCUGGAGCAGGCGCACGCGGCGCUGGGCGCGGAGGAGGCCUUCUGCGAGAAGGAGCUGGCGGCCUCGGAGCUGAAGGAGGGUGUGGCGCGGAAGCGGAAGGAGGAGCUGCGGGGCAGGCUGGACGAGACUCUGGCGGACAGCCAGCAGCUUGCAGAGGACCGGGCGGUCUUGGAGGCGUCGUUGGCGGAGCUCUCGGCAGAGCUGCAAGAGGCUACCAAGGAGAGAGAAGAUUCCAAGUCUAAGAAUCUGGUGGACAUCAAGGAGGCGCAGGAAUCCAGGGAGGCACUCCUGGAGGCUCUUGUGGCGCUGCGGGAGAUCUACCAGGCGCCGACCUUUGUGCAGCUCAAGGUGAAGUCUGAGUCUGAGCAGGUGCUUCAGGGGCCUGCCAAAGAUGCACCAGACUUCCCAGAUGACGACUAUGCCCCGCGCUCCGAAAGCUCCGGGCUGCUGGACCUCUUGGAGCUGGCGGAGAGCUCCUUCGCAGCGCAGAAGGCCACCGCGGAGGAUGCGGAAACUGCAGAUGAGGGACAGUAUCAGAAGUUCCUUGAAGACAACGCCAAGGACAAGGCUGUGAAGAGCAGGCAGCUGGCCCGCCGGAAGGAGAAGGCAGCCCAGACCCAGCGGGAGGUCAAGAUGAUGCAGGGCGAGCUAGCGGACACCAAACAGCAGCUGCUGAAGCUGGACGACUACUUGGCCAAGCUGAAGCAGAAGAGUUCUACCAUGCCGCGUCAAGUUUCUCGCCGACUUCGUGGCGAAGGGUCCCGGGCGCACUUUGGAUUCAAGCUCGUCUUCUGUGCGCGCAAGCGCUGCCUGAAGCCUGCGCCCAGCUUUGAGGAGAAGCAGCAGAAGCGCCGGGAGGAGAUCAGCACUCUCGAGGAGGUUCUGAAGAUCCUUUCGGUUUGACUGGAGCUGCGCGCGGCAGCGCGGA